AAUUAACAUAAUAAUAAUUUUUAACUAAUAAGUCCUUAAAGCACAAUAAAGUAAAAACUGAACCUAAGUCAAACAAAGACGCUGAAAUAUUUAUUAAAUUUUUAUCGUAGCACCGAAAGUGACAAAUGUUAAAACCUGAAUUCCUUUUACCCAUUAAACUAAUCUUUUUUAAAGUGCUCAAUCAUUCGAUUUCGGGUUUUUUUUUCACUUCUUAUUUUCUGUUCUUUUUUGAAGAUUAGCAUGAUCAUCAAAAAGACUAAUUGCUCCGUAAGAGCUCCAUUAAAAUCUAUUUGCAUAGGCCACCAAUAAAUCCUCAUAGUUCACGAAUUAGCCGAUAAGGGGCGCACCCAAACUGAGAAUCCCGACGUCCUAGUAUUCUCUAGUACUGCCGGCAGACGAGAGUUGAUUUUUCGCAUGUGUAGUUCUUAUUCUUAGAAGAUAUUAUUACAUUUUUAAUCUGAGUACACGUUUUUCUGUACAACACUCAUUUCGUUCUAUAUUAAGACGGAAUUUAAGAAAACAAUUGGGAGAAAAACUGGAAAUAGUUUGAGAUUUUGUCAACAAAAUUUAGUGGUAAAAAAUAGUCACAAUUAAAAAUAAUAAUUAUUGGAUUGUGUCAUUUGACGUGGUCCAUGAAAAGAUCGUCUGUUGGAAUUUUUUGUGUUUAAAUUAGCGCCAUCUGCUUGGAAAAAUUAUGAUAUUCCAGUGCCUUUUUUUAGUACUCAGUAACUUUAUAAUGGAAAUUCAGAGCUUAGAGGCUCCAGCUCUCCAGAAACCACUUAUGAUUCCAUCCGAUCUAAGACUUGGAGACAGAGCCGAUAUCAUUUGCACCCUCAGGAGAGGAGAUCUUCCAGUCACUUUCAAAUGGUACUUCAAUGGCAGGGAGAUUAGAGGAGAGGAACUGGGAAAAGUCACCUCUUACGAUGUCAGAUCCUCGGUGUAUCUAAUAGACAAACUAAAAGCUGGAAAUGUUGGCAACUACACAUGCAUGGUAUCCAAUGUAGCUGGCUCUGAUACAGCAUCUGGGCAACUUCUUGUUGAAGGUUGUAACCCUCAAAUCCAUUACGGAAAAGAUGGCGUUUUCAACUCUGGAAGAAAUCUCUCUUGGGCCCUUUACCCACCCUACAAAUUAUUUGGAUCCCAUUCAUUACUUCAAAUCGCUUUACCUUGGGCUUCAAAGUUUCUGGAAGCUCUUAGAAGCUUUUAUAGCAUUAAGGUAACUUUGGCGCACUCUAUCGUAUUAAGAAUCAUUACUGUUGCGAAGGAGCGACUGAUAAAUAAAGCAUUCAACAAUGGCGUUGCUCAGCAACCUAGAAUCUCUCUUUUGUUGCCAACGGGCUACAUUUAA